AUUUCUUAUAAACAGAUUGAAGCUCUCAAAGCAAUUGGAGUCACUGAAGUGGUCUUGGCAAUUAACUACCAGCCAGAGGUUAUGCUGAAUUUCUUGAAAGAAUACGAGAAAAAGCUUGAAAUUAAGAUCACCUGCUCACAAGAGACUGAACCACUUGGCACAGCAGGUCCUUUAGCCCUAGCUAGAGACAAGCUCAUUGACGAUACUGGUGCACCCUUUUUUGUCCUCAACAGUGAUGUUAUAAGUGAGUAUCCGUUAAAACAAAUGAUUGAAUUUCACAAAGGCCAUGGAGGGGAGGCUUCCAUUAUGGUAACCAAGGUGGAUGAACCAUCAAAGUAUGGUGUGGUGCUGUUGGAAGAAACUAGCGGGAAGGUUGAGAAAUUUGUUGAGAAGCCAAAAAUAUUUGUAGGUAACAAGAUCAAUGCUGGAAUCUACUUGUUGAACCCCUCUGUUCUUGAUCGGAUUGAACUGAGGCCCACCUCAAUAGAGAAAGAAGUCUUCCCAAAGAUAGCAGCAGAGAAUAAGCUGUUUGCCAUGGUCCUACCUGGGUUCUGGAUGGACAUUGGACAGCCAAAAGACUACGUUACAGGUCUGAGACUAUACCUGGAUUCUUUGAGGAAAAUGUCCUCUCCAAAACUGGCCAAUGGACCAAACAUUGUUGGAAAUGUUUUGGUUGAUGAGAGUGCAGUAAUUGGAGAAGGAUGUCUAAUCGGACCAGAUGUAGCAAUCGGCCCAGGUUGCAUAAUAGACUCAGGAGUUAGGCUUUCCCGCUGCACUGUGAUGCGGGGAGUGCGUAUCAAGAAGCAUGCAUGCAUCUCUAGUAGUAUCAUUGGAUGGCAUUCCACUGUGGGGAGAUGGGCUCGCAUGGAGAACAUGACAAUCUUAGGAGAAGAUGUUCAUAUUGGCGAUGAAGUUUACAGUAAUGGGGGUGUUGUCCUGCCUCAUAAGGAAAUAAAGUCUAGCAUUUUGAAGCCAGAAAUUGUCAUGUGAGCUUUGAGGUUUUUCUCCUUGUUUGUCCAUAGUCAUUCUUACUAACUGAUAAACUGCUCACUCUGAACGAGGAAAAAUGGUAUUGUAGAAACUCAAAACAAUUGUCUUGAAUUCUUCCCCCCCUCAUUGCUGCUCUUUAUUUAUUUUUCCUUUGUUUGGUUAAAUCGUAUUCAACAGUGAGCGAUUUUCCUGUGAUGAAUUUGUAUCAGAUGUUUGCUAUAAAUAACAAAAUGGAAGCAUUUUUGCGUUUAC